AUGCAGAUCUCAUGGUUCGCCAUCACGGCAGUUCUGUUCACUACCACCGCAGCCAAAUCCACCGCAACCAGCACGACUAGCGCUGCUACUUCGGCCAAGGAAAGCUCUAGUUCGGCUUCUACCAAACCAACCAAGAAUGCAGCUGCCGGAAACGCCCUGAACAACCCAUUUGCAUUCCUUAGGGAGUUAGUACAAACGAGGCGUUGA